AUGGCUCUUGCUGCAGGAAAAGCUGUAACACGUGUAAUGCACAGAUGUGAAGCAGCGAAAGCGUCCGGCUACCUUGAUCUCUCAGAUUGUGGCGUAAUGUAUAUCGCUGAUGCAAUAUACCUUGUGCUGAAAGGGUAUGAAAUUAAUAAAUGCAACCUGAGAAAUAACUCUCUCACCAAAUUUCCUAAGAAAAUGGUUGAACGAUUCAGCAAUAUGACUAUGUUCAAUGUGGAGGGUAAUGCGAUCGAGGAAUUCCCUAUUGAAGUUGGUGAAUGGACUGCAAUGCAGGGAAUGAAUUUAUCGAAUAAUAAAUUAACAACAUUUCCUGUUGGUAUUUUCAACAUGAAACAGCUUACAUACCUUGAUCUUAGCGGCAACAACAUCACCGAAAUAGAUGUUGACCGCCUGUACACAUCUUUACCAAAUUUAACGCAACUAUUGCUAUCUGGCAAUCCUGUGGCAGAAACGAUGAAAACUGAACUGGAAAAUCACAAAAAGAAACCGAAAACAUUGAAAUUGUUACUUAUUUGA